AUGGCUAUAUCUCCACAUGGUGGUUAUGUAUCCAUUGAUGAAGGAGCUGACUUUUAUAUUGAAUGCAUUGGUCCUAGUCCAAAAUGGAUUAUAGCUAAACGAUUAAUAUCCGAUACAGCUCGAAUUUCAACACAAUCAGUUCAAAUGAAUCGUAAAUCUAUUUUAACUAUUCAAGGAAUGAGUUCAUCACUUGUUGGCCCAUAUUUAUGUCAAACAAAUCAAUCUGUGUCAACGAUUAUUCUUCAAAUAACAAAGCGUAAGUUAGAUAUGACAAAACAAAUUCGUUUUAUGGGUACGAAUACAAAUCAUACAGUUUCAUAUGGUAAUGAUACUCGAUUGAAUUGUUUUGCUCAAUAUUAUAGUGAAAAAGCAAUGGAUUCACCUUAUAUACCAAAAAUUCUUUGGUUUUUCGAAAGACGUCAAUUGCAUCAUAAUGAGCAUAAAUAUAUUUUCGGUGUUGAUAGUUUAUUUAUUCGAAAUUUUACUUAUCACGAUCAAGGUGUUUAUUUUUGUCGAGCUUUUAUAACAUUAAAAACUAGAUUUUUAAUGAAAAUCUAUCCUAUUCUUGUACAAUUGCAAAAUUCAUCGCAGUUUGUCAACGAAACGUUGCCACCAUCGCUUGAAAACAAAAAUUGUGAUAAUUUAAACGAAACUGUAGUAACAAAUAAUACGAUCUCGUAUUGUAAUACGGGUGGUUACGUAUCAAAUUGUACAUGUCCACAGGGUCAAAUUUGGAACGAAGACUAUUCGCAAUGUUCAUCGCCAAUGAAUCAAAAUCAAAUCUUACAAAUCAUUCCUAAUGUUUCUCAUAUGAAUGUUGAAUUGGGUCGUACGUAUACGUUUGUUUGCCGAUCAACAGAUGAUCGAAUAGAGCCUGAAUGGACUUAUGAAAAUGGAACAACUAUCGAUUCAAGUACACAUACUGAACAACCAAUAACAACAUAUAUAUUGAGUGAAGGUCGUACUCUCUAUCUUCGAUUAUCACCUGCUGUAAGCGGUACAUAUAUUUGCCGUUCUCGCCCGGAAGAGAAUUCAAUAUUGAAAGAGGAGUCGUCGAUAACAACAACAACAUCAAUUACUUUAAGAGAACAAAUGAUUGUUCAAACCAAUGGAAUAUCAUUUCAAUCAUCAGCACUCGCCGAAUACCAUGUACGAACAAAUUCAACAUUAUUUGUUGCUUGCCGUCCAGAAUAUUUUAAUUUUCAAUUAAAAACAAACUUAUCUUAUGUGCCGGCAGCUACACUAAUACGAAUUCAUGAUAAUAAUCAUUUUCUAUUGACGGAACUAAUCGAUGGUUUACUUAUUGAUCGAAUAUCAAAAAGCGAAAGUGGAAUGUAUUUAUGUAUGGGAAUGAUUCCAUUACCUGAACAACUGAUUACCUCAUUUUAUCCGAUUAUGGUUUUUGUUUCCGAUCCUUCAUGUGAGAAUAUUUUUAUUUAG